CAACGCUACGCAGACGACAUCAGCACGCUGCGCGUACUCGAAAGUAGACAGCAGCAAGAUGAGCAAGCGUCUGGCGGAGUCGCAAGGAGGCGAAGAGAGAUAUGGGAAGAGCAAUGAAGGCGGCAUGACGGGUUCUCAAGACCGCGCACCACAGGCCGCCACGGCGGCGCAGUUGGCACGGCGCAAAAUUAUACAGGCCAGAGGUAGAGUCUCGGCACGUGGCAGCCGCGCGCCUUCACCAGCGACUGGUCCGCAGCAGUCAAACCCAUUCCAAACCUUCCAAGCACCACCCGCUGCCGACUCCUUCACCUUCAACAUGCAAGCCUCAACGCCGACCCCAGCAUUCGGCCAACAGCCGGCGCAGACGAACGGCGCCAUCUCCCUCGGCGGCCAGUCAAAUGGCGCUACGCCAAUCUUCGGAAGGUUCGGCGACAACCAGAACAACAAUAGCCAAAGCUUCAGCUUCGGUGCAAACGGUUCUCAGCCGCAAACGAACGGCUUCGGCACAUCCAACACGUUCUCAUUCGGACAGUCACAGCCAAACACGAACAGCACGCAGCCUUCGGCAUUCUCGUUUGGACAGCAGGAGCAGCCGAAGUCGAACAGUACGCAGCCUUCAUCAUUCACGUUCGGUCAGACACCAAGUCAGAGCCAAGAGCGGCCGAAGACGAACGGCUUCACGGGUCUGUUCGGAGCGAGCCCGGCACCUCCGAGUACCAACAAGCCAGGACAGAGUGUCUUCAGUGGCCUGUCCGGGUCAACCCCGAAACCACUUGGAGGGCUAUUGUUUGGCCAGCAGGCUAACGACACCACGACGUCCAAUUUUGAGUUCGGAAAGGAGGACACGAGUAUGCUGAGUCCAGACAGCACUCCGCAGAAACCACAGGCACAGUCAUCUGUGCAAGCACAACAGCCUGCGACCGAGGCGGAGACGCCCGUCAAUGCCGAUUCAGGCAAGAGCAUCUUUGACCGGUUGUCACGCGACCCACCAGCCACAGAGCCCAAACCCACCUUCAAGUUCGGCGCAGCGCCGCCUUCGGAGGCGGAGCCACAGAACCCGAACGCAGGAAUGAGUUUGUUCGAGCGCAUGACGCCAAGAGACCCAGAGCCACCAGCAACAGCUCCGAGGCCCUCCACGUCACUGUUCAAGUUGCCUGCGCCGUCAAAUCCGUCCGGCACCUCCCUUUUCACAUCACAAGCUCCGGCGCCACCGAGUACGCCAGGUGCUUCUAUUUUCCAAUCACAAGCUUCAGCAGCACCAAGUGCGCCGAGUGCUUCCCUCUUCCAACCUCAAGCGCCAGCGCCAACGCAGCCGGCUCCGCAACCAGUGCCACAAGUAACACUCUCAGCUCCCGAGGAAACGUCGACUUCUGCAACUUCUUCCAAUACGACACUUUCCGAUCUUUCGAAGCUGAAGAGUCUCAAUGAAGGUCUUUUGGCACACCUCAAGACUGAGGAUACCGACAAGGACUGGAGCAUCAUUUGUGAAUACUACCUCUACGAAGCAGCCAAGUUAAUCGGCAAGCAACUUACCAAGGCACCGGCCGCGACUUCUGCUGCACUGCCAGUGACAACUCCAUCUGCGCAGAAUGCGAUGGCGCCGUCGCCGCUCCCAGCAAACACACCAUCCAUGUACAGCCUGUUCGGCACCUCACCCCCGGGACCUACCCCUACGCCGGCAGUAGCAGCGCCGUCAAAUCUACGAGGCGACACAUCACAAGCCCAGACUCCUGCACCUUCUGGACGGUCCACUUACGUGUCGGAGUCGGAAUCGGAAUCAACGCCCAAAGCUAGUACAAUAAACAUCUUUGCCCAGGCAAUGACGCCUAAGCCAAUCAAUGGAGCAAGUCUCUUCAGUCCAGCUGCGCAGACUCCAAAGACGUUAGAUAGGCCAAAGUUCUUCACAUCAGCGGCGCAGCCACCCGCCACUGCGCCAGCAAGCCGAAAGCGCUCUGCCGAUGACGAGCUUACCAAAGAUACUACGGCCCCCGAAGUCCCUGCCACAGAGAAGCGUACGCGCUUCGCUGAACCGGUACAGUAUCCUAAGUUGUCCGACAGUGCGAGCAACACAGCGAAGCUUUUCGCAUCGACGCUCGACAAGCCAGCCGGAGAGCUGGCUCUGCCAUCAGGGCAGCUAAAGGCUCCCAGCUCGUCAACAGUGUCAGACACGCCCUCGUUCGGUCCCUCGGAGGACCUGAUGAUGAAAGUGAGGGAGCAGCGGGCGGCCAAAGAGGCAGCGCAGAAGGCUGACGCAGAGAAGCCCAAGGCUGCCCCCGGGGCAACGAACGGAUGGCAGCCGUCUAGCAGCUUCAUGUUCCCACAGAAGCCUGCGACUGCGAAGGCGUCGGAGACCACUGCCUCGCCUACGUUUGGAUCCAAGCCGGCGGAAACCUUCAGUGUGCCUGGGUUUGGCUUUAAGCCUGCGGAGACCUCCAGUGCGCCUGUGUUUGGCGUCAAGCCUGCGGAGACCUCCAGUACGCCUUCGUUCGGAUUCAAGCCUGCGGGAACCUCAAAUCCGCCUGUCUUCGGUUUCAAGCCUACUGAACCAUCCGCUGCCGCAUCAUCCAGCUCUGAAGCAGCGGAGACUUCAAGCAACUCUGUCAACGGCUUCAUGCCAUCGACGGCUGCGACAGCGAAACCUGCAGAGACACUCAGUGCACCUUCUUUCGGCUUCAAGCCUGCGGCUCCUGCUACGCCAGCGACUGCCGCUGUUGGCUUCAAGCCAGCUACUGGCGCAAGCGCAGCGGAUGGAGCCACCAGCUUCCUGUCGAGCUUUGGCAGCGAAGCGAACAAGCAGCUUGAGAAGUCGAAGCGCAAGCGCAUGGAUGAAGACUACGACAGCGAAGAAGAAGAUAGAGCAGCAUGGGAGGAGCGCGAUCGGGCGAUUCAGCAACAGAAGAUGCAAAGCAUCGCAGAAAGCGCGAAGGCUGGGACAGGCUUCAAGUUUAUGCCUGCGAGCAAGCCGGCAUCUCAGCCAGCCAUCUCGUUCUCGUUUGGCGCUCCGAAGGCUUCGACUACCAACGGCACUUCGGGCGAUAAUGCUAACGAGGAUACGACUGCGAUGAAGCCUGCCUCUGACAGUGCGAAGUUUGUGACAGGCUUCACACCCACGCCUGCCGACAAGCCAGCAUCUCAGCCGGCCGUCUCUUUCUCAUUUGGCACGCCGACCGUCUCGACUGGCAACAGCGGUUUGUUCGGCAACAACGCAGGCGAGAAGAAGCUCGCACCACCACCGCCAGCUGCUGGCUUCCUUUUUGGUACCAGCGCGGGCACGUCUACGGAUGCUUCUCGCGCGACUACGCCUGGCGGUACGACUGACGGCGAGGCGCCUGCUACUGGCGCUGACGGAGAGAAACCCGACCUCAACGGCGACGGCGGGCCAAGCGAUGAGCAGACCGACAAGCAGGUUGACGACAUGACGAUCCUGACUUCAAAGGAGCGCGAGGAGCACGACGUCCUGUUCGAGACCCAAAUCGCCAAGUCCUCGAAGCUGGACAACAAGCCGACCGAGAACGGCAUGGCCAGAGCUUGGGUUGAGCGAGGCAAAGGUCCGCUCUACAUCCUCCGAAACAAGACCUCGGGCAAGACAAGAGUGCUGCAAAAGAUUGCCCCGUACGGCAAGCCGGCGAUGAACUUCGACGUCCUUAAGGGAGGCAAGUACACUCAGAACGCUGGCAAGAAAACCACGAUGGCGAGUUUCGUUGAUCACAUCCAGCCAGACACCCAGGCGCCGAGCAGGCCCAGCUCAUGGCUGAUUACCGUAAAGGAAAUACAGGAUGCGCAGGAGAUUGCGCGGAUCCUAGAUGAGGCGAGUCACUGAAACUCACGUGUAUUAAUGAUAUGCAUUGCACUGGCGUUAUCGUGCGUUUCGGGAUACUGGCUGGACACUGUAUGAAUUGUGUACAGCAAAAGGCGCGCUUACAACAAGCCUGGCGACU